UACAACCAGACUCAGCCACUGGGGUACUGAGACCUUUACGACAUGAAGUGGAUACUGUUCUUGGGAGCCCUUAUUGGCUCGGGCAUCUGUGGCCGACAAAAAUUUUGUGGGGACCAAGUUUUUAGGGUUAAUGUCAGAAAUGGAGACGAGGUCAACAAACUGACUCAGCUAAUGAAUUCGGACAGUUUUAAGCUCAAUUUCUGGAAGUCUCCCUCCAACUUCAAUCGGCCUGUGGAUGUCCUAGUCCCAUCUGUCAAUCUGCAGUCAGUCAAAUCCUUCCUGAAGACCCAUGGCUUAGACUACUCAGUGACGAUUGAUGACCUACAGGACCUUUUAGAUAUUGAAGAUGAAGAAAUGCAACUCAACGAAGGGCAAGAGCGGAGUGAUAGUAACUUCAACUAUGGGGCAUACCAUUCCCUGGAAGCUAUCUACCACGAGAUGGACAGCAUUGCCACCGACUUUCCUAAGCUUGCCAGCAGGGUGAAGAUUGGACAGACGUUUGAAAAGCGGCCAAUGUAUGUACUGAAGUUCAGCACGGGAGGAGGCAAAAGGCGGCCGGCCAUUUGGCUGAAUGCAGGCAUUCAUUCCCGAGAGUGGGUCUCGCAAGCCACUGCCAUCUGGACGGCGAGGAAGAUUGUCUCUGAGUAUGGGAAGGAUCCAGCUGUCACAUCCAUCUUGAAGAAAGUGGAUAUUUUCUUACUGCCCGUGGCCAAUCCUGAUGGAUAUGUAUACACACAAACCCAAAACCGGUUGUGGAGGAAGACGCGGUCCCUGAAUCCUGGAAGCCACUGCAUUGGCACUGACCCAAACAGAAACUGGAAUGCGAGUUUUGGAGGAAGAGGAACCAGUGAUAACCCUUGCUCUGAAGUGUACCACGGCCCACACGCCCAUUCUGAAGUGGAGGUGAAAUCAGUAGUAGAUUUCAUUCAAAAACAUGGGAAUUUCAAAGGCUUCAUUGACCUGCACAGCUACUCGCAGCUGCUGAUGUAUCCCUACGGGUACACAGUCAAGAAGGCCCCGCAUGCGGAGGAGCUGGAUGAGGUGGCGAGGCGUGCGGCCAAAGCCCUGGCUUCCCUGUCAGGUACCCAGUACGAAGUGGGCCCGACCUGCACCACCGUCUAUCCUGCCAGCGGGAGCAGCAUUGACUGGGCAUAUGACAAUGGCAUUAAGUAUGCAUUCACUUUUGAGUUGAGGGAUACAGGGCAUUAUGGCUUUCUCCUGCCUGCCAACCAAAUCAUCCCUACUGCGGAGGAGACCUGGCUGGGGCUGAAGACCAUCAUGGAGCACGUGCGGGACAAUCUCUACUAAUGAAGGGGCCCGUCUGCCUAUGUUGAUCUGUAUCCACGUGCACACUCACUGAGGCCGCUAUUAAAGGAGCUCAUUCUUUCAUGCUCAAGCAGACUUCCAGGUUAGACAGCAUGGCUGGGCUGUUUUCUGGAGUUCCCUGUGAGGAGCGCUUCCCCAGCCUGCCCUGUUGGUUGUGCUGCUUUGUUGAGCCUUUGGUGAGCCUCUCCUUCCACAUAGCUGGUUGGGCAGGCCACACUCAGGGUCGUCCCUUCCUGGGUGACACAGCUCUACCUCAUUUUUAGAACCAAAGAGCAGCUCUGAUGGUUCUGUAGCCUCCUUCACUUGUAGCCAAGCUGGAACUCUCUGGCUCUUGUGGGGCCCAGGGAAGGCACUGCGUGAGACAAUGCUUCUCUUUAGUUGGGUCAUGAAGAUGACACAGACAGAGCAUCCUUUAAUUUAUUUCACUCUUUCUGGACUGCAUUUUUCCUUUUCUUUCUUGAGACAGGGUCUCCUUCUGUUACCCAGCCUGUCCUUGAACUCCUGGGCUCAAGUGGCCCUCCCAUUCUGCCUCCUGAGUAGCUGGGAUUAUGAGUUGUACAGCACCACAUGAAGGUCAGGAACAAAUUUUUCUCUGAGGAACAGAUCCUGUACGGUCAUCAGUGUGGGUCAACCCCCUCCCUUCUUAUUUGGCCUGAACACAAAGUAGAAGCUCUCUUCCUGUCACGAGGCUAAGACUUUCCAGAUACUACAUUUCUUAUCGCUUUCUUCUCCUCAUCCAGUGUAGCUGGGAUCCCAGAAGGGGAUUAGUGUCACUGCAGUUGUUGCUCACCCGGGAUCAUGGAGGAAAGGACAGGUCACGUAGCAGCAUUGCCCAACCUUCCCCAUCUGUCCCGAGGGGCCCAUCUCCUCUUUGCCUUUUGAACUCGCUUCGAAGAUCUUGCCCUCACCCCACACACCCUAAAUCUUUCCUCUGGUCUGGACAAUCUCCCAGCCUCGGUACAUUCCUGUUUGUACUCUGCUGUACCCUGCAUUUGCUUUUUUUUUCUUUUGGCCUUUAAAGUUACCUUCCUCUGUUGUGUAUCCGGGAUCCCAAGGAUUCACCAGUCAGACACUUCUUCCACCAUUUCUCCUUAGCACCUGCCAUCUGUCCUUUUUGAUUUUUCUUUUUCCAGGGAUGCCUAUAAAUCUUAACCUUCUGCCUAGGAUUUGUGCAGCAUCUGGUGUGCGCUUAUAAGUCAAUAAAUAUUCAGUACGCGCCUCA